CUGAGAGACCUUCUUGAUGCCAUGGGGGAAGCAAUGCAUCAGCAUGCACAUGGAAUUGACAUAGAUUUCAGCGCUCCCGAGCCACCUGUUCAAAUCCCCCAUGAGGAGGCAGCUCAUUAUAUCACAGUGUAUUUCGAUGACUUACACCCCUUGACACCAUUCCUGGACCGAGCCGACUUUGAACGGAGAGUCUCAGACCCAGGAUUAUCGGAAAUACUGGAAAACAAUGCGCCAUUCUGUGCACUAUAUCAUACUCUGCUGGCACUAGGAUGCCAGUAUAUGGAUGGUGGCUCUUUCAUUCCAGGGAAAGGUAAAGCAUGGAAAUAUUUUCAGUGCGCAUUGAGCCUCUUCCCAAAGAUACUUGCUCCGCCCCAAGGUUUACUUCAUGUCCAAGCAUUAACGGCCAUGGGCAUUUUCACAAUGAGCUUCUCUUGUAUACCUAUCGGUGAAACCUUGGUUUCCGAGGCCGCGAGAAUAGUUCAGUUACUGGGAUACAACGCCGCAUACGUACAAACGGAGGAUGAAAGAUCAUGCCACAGAGCCUUCUGGGUUAUAUAUUGGCUGGAAAAGGUCACCUCGUUUUUCCGAGGGCGUGGUUCGAUGAUACCCGAUUAUGACAUAGGCUGUCCCGUUCCGGAACCCCCCGAUACUGUCCCUGGACAGCUUGAUUGGCUAUUAACGACAGCACGCCUAGGUCGGCUGAUGUCUCGCACUUACGAAUGUCUCUUCUCCGUGAGUGCGGUUCAGAUGCAUACAGAUGCCCGUAUCGCAGCGAUAGACUCGAUAUCGCGCGAGCUAGAAGCGUGGAAUUGCACCCUUCCGGAACCCUAUCAGCCCGGAACUCCAAUUCGCUUCUCCAAAAGCAAGAACCCCUGCGCGCAAGAUAUGGCGCUACAAAUCAGAUUUAUAUAUUAUGCAUUGGUUAUGUCUAUGUGUCGGCUUCGAAUCCAUCUUACGGUCGACCAACCCAGUGAGACGAACCAAGAGACCAAGCGUCAACUGAUGGAGGCCGCCCGAGCCGUUAUAUACCAUACACGGUAUAUUGAGCAUGAAGCGCAUGUCCCAGUCUGGCAACUCGGUAUCGUGCCCAUCUCGGCUCUUUUUGUUAUCUUUGACUUUGUUAUCCACAACCCGCUCCACAAGGAGACGGCCACCAAUAUCUCGUUCCUGGACAUAGCAGCCGGUUAUUUCAGCCGCUGGGAGAUCAGUAACAAAGAUUCUCUUCCGGCAUCAAGUGCCGCUGAAUUUUCUCACAUUGCCCGUCAAUUUGUGCGGGAUGUACAAGCCAGGUCACAGACCAUGGGCUCGCGACGGACUUCGCGCCUCGAGUCAGAUAAUAUUGGGCCAAUGACUGGCGGAAAGAACGACUCGUCCGGUUUUCCUAUGCAGCCAAGUCACGUUAUGGUAGGUUCCAGUUAUGCACCCCCUUUCAUAUCACUUGCUGAUAUUGCUCCUGUAAAGAAUGAGGAACCCCUCGUUCUUCCGGACAUUGAAGGUUCAUCGGCCAUUGGCCCAGACCAACUAUUCUAUCCUGAAGAUCCACUUCAAACCUUAUUAGGGACCUACUUGCCGCCGACGACCGACUUAUCUAAUAUGUUCAACUCUGCUUUGUGGUAUCCGGGAUCACUGUAA